CAGACCAUGGUUGUCUAUGCUACAGUGGAACAGACUUCCUUCUACAAAAUCUUUUGCAGAGUUUCAAUACGUCAGUAUACAAACGAUUCAUCAAGAAAAUGCUUAGAUCCAAUUCUGGACCAAAAUCAUUUGCAAGACCUCGGCCUUCAGGAGGUAUGUACUCUUCUUCGAAGAAGUCCAAACAAAGGUGUGAGAGACCUUUGUCUCCUGAAGACCUCAACCCUCCCACCAUCUUGAGGGAGCACGGACGAAGGGGUGGGAGACCUUUGUCUAGUGGAGGCACCAACCCUUCUGCCACCAUGAAGGGGCACAGGCAAAGGGGUGAGGGCCCUUUGUCUUGUGCAGAGAACCAGCCUUCUACCACCAGGCAGCGAGAACAAAGGGAGGUGAGCUCCUUGUUCUUCGUUGGCACCAACCCUUCCACCACCAUGAAGGAGCACAAGCAAAAGGGUGAGGGCCCUUUGUCUUGUGCAGACAACAAGGCCUCUACCACCAGGCAGCAGGUACAAAGGGCUGUGAGAUUUUCCUCUUCUGAUGAAGUCAAGACUUUUACUCCAAUGCGGAGACAAGCAUGGAGGAGUGAGAGCUCUAUGUCUUCAUCUUCUGAAGACGACCAGCCUUCUACCACAAGGAGGGAGCAAGAAAAAAGGGCUGAGAGCCCUUCUUCUUCUGAUGAAGUUGAGGCUUUUGUUCCAAUGCGGCUUCAGGCAUGGAGGAGUGAGAGCUCUUCGUCUUCAUCUUCUGAAGAAGACGAGCCUUCUACCAUGAGGAGGCAGCAAGAAAAAAGGGCUGAGAGCCCUUCUUCCUCUUCUGAAGAAGACAAGCCUUCUACCACGUGGAGGCAGCAAGAAAAAAGAGCUGAGAGCCCCUCUUCCUCUUCUGAAGAAGACAAGCCUUCUACUCCGAGGCAACAGCAGCAUGGAAUGGUGAGACCUUUGUCUUCAUCUUCUAAAGACGACCAGCCACCUACCACCAAGCAGCAACAACAAAAGGAUGUGUACUCUUUGUUCUACGUUGGCACCAACCCUUCUACCACCAAGCAACAAGAACGAAAGGAUGUGUACUCUUUGUUCUGCGUUGGCACCAACCCUUCUACCACCAAGCAACAAGAACGAAAGGAUGUGUACUCUUUGUUCUACGUUGGCACCAACCCUUCCACCACCAUGAAGGAACACAGACAAAGGGGUGAGAGCCCUUUGUCUUCCUCUGAAGAAGACAACCGACCUUCUACCACCAGGCAGCAAGAAAGAAGGGCUGAGAUCCCUUCCUCUUCUGAAGAAGAGGAGCCUUCUACUCCAAUGCGGCAGCAAGAAGAAAGGGCUGAGAGCCCUUCUUCCUCUUCUGAUGAAGACGAGGUGUCUACCACCAGGCAGCAAAAACAAAAGGAUGUGAGCUCUUUGUUCUGCGUUGGCACCAAUCCUUCUACCACCAUGAAGGAACACAGGGAAAGUGGUGAGAGCUCUUCGUCUUCCUCUGAAGAAGACGACCAGCCUUCUACCAUGAGCAGGCAGCAAGAAAAAAGGGCUGAGAGCCCUUUGUCUUCCCCUUCUGAAGACGAGCCUUCUUCCAUGAGGAGGCAGGAAGAAAAAAGGGCUGAGAGCCCUUCUUCCUCUUCUGAAGAAGACGAGCCUUCUACCACAGGGAGGCAGCAACAACAAAGUCCUGUGUCCUUCAUAGAGAUCAACCUUUCUACCACCUUCAGUCAGGAUGGACGAAGUGGUGGCAGCCCUUCCUCUACAUCUUCAUCUUAUGAAGACGACGAGCCGGCUAAUAGCUUUUUAUCCAUCCAUCUGAGUGCAAGAGGGAACUUAGGGGAUGCAAGACAAAAUGAGGCAACAGAAAGAGUGAAAAGAGAAAGAGAGAGGUGUGAAAAGAUGAAGAAAAAGCACGAGGAGCAGGAGAGGAAAACUUUUGGUCUGCUUUCAAGGAUUUACAUUUGGUGGCUCAACCGCAAGAUAGACCGCAUUGCUAGAGAAAUCCAAUCAACCGUCGUGGAUGAGCGCAACCUCCUGCGUCACGGUCACCUCAGUAAUUCAAAGAAAAUUUCAGAAAAAGAACGACUGCUUGACCGAAGGACGAAGCUGGUUGUGUACAAACACAGACAAGAAUUUAAGGUGGAGAGGGAAAUGAGGCAGCAAAGACUGAAGAUAAGAGGAAGGAAGAAAAGGUUUUGA